UGAAGCAUGGCAUCAAUGACUCUGAUAAGGGCAAGUGUACAACCAAUCUGCUUGACAACUGACAAGAGGCUGGGGUUUGAAGCAGACUGCAAAAAGAACACAAGAAAGUGAUUUGCAAAGGGCAUUCCAGUUGUUUGCCUUCCAUCUCCUUUCCUCUGUCUGCAAUGAAAGAAGAUUUUUAAUUAGCUAAAAUACCCUUGUUCUCUCGUCUCUCCCUCAGAAGGUAAAUACAGAAGAAAUGCAUUAUUUUGGAGUAUUAGCUGCACUGUCUGUUUUCAACAUCAUUGCCUGUUUGACAAGAGGAAAGCCUUUGGAAGCUUGGGACAAGUUAUCAGCUGUGGGAAAGUCUGAUGCACACUUUCAUGAUCCUGGGGAAGUGGAAGAUGAGACUCAUUUUGACUUUAAAUCUUUCCUGGAGAAUAUGAAGACAGAUUUACUGAGGAGUUUGAAUUUGUCACGAGUGCCCUCCCAAGUGAAGACCAAAGAAGAACCACCGCAGUUCAUGAUUGAUUUAUACAACAGAUACACUGCAGACAAGUCCUCCAUCCCUGCAUCCAAUAUUGUAAGGAGCUUCAGUACUGAAGAUGUUGUUUCUUUAGCUUCACCAGAAGAAAAUCCGUUUCAGAAACACAUCUUGCUCUUCAACAUCUCUCUUCCACGAUAUGAGGAAAUCACCAGAGCUGAACUGAGAAUUUAUAUCUCCUGUAACAGGGAAGCUGGAUCUCUCUCUAGGCUGAAAGGCAACAUGGUCAUUUAUGAUGUUUUAGAUGGUGACUACUGGGAAAACCCAGAAAGUACCAAAUCUUUCCUUGUCUCUCACAAUAUUCGGAAGUGUGGCUGGGAGAUGUUUGAAGUGUCCAGCGCUGUGAAAAGAUGGGUCAGGACAGACAAACUGAAGACUAAAAACAAGCUAGAGGUUGUUAUACAGAGUAAGGCUCUGGGUGGUUUUACUUGUGGGAAGCUGGAUAUCAGUGUGACCCCUGACACUAAAAAUCUGCCCCUGUUAAUAGUGUUCUCCAAUGACCGCAGCAAUGGGACAAAGGAGACCAAAGUGGAGCUUCGGGAGAUGAUUGUUCAUGAACAAGAAAGUGCACUAAAGAAAUUAGGAAAGAACACCAGUUCGUCUGAAGAGGAAGAACAGAGAGAGGAAAAGGCCAUCACUGGGCCCCACCAGCAUUCUUCCAGAAGCAAGAGAAGCAUUGGAGUCAACCACUGCCGGAGAACUUCCCUCCAUGUGAACUUUGAAGAGAUUGGCUGGGAUUCCUGGAUCAUUGCACCAAAAGAUUAUGAAGCAUUUGAGUGUAAAGGAGGUUGCUUCUUCCCUCUGACAGAUAAUGUUACCCCAACAAAACAUGCUAUUGUCCAAACUCUGGUGCAUCUCCAAAACCCGAAGAAAGCCUCAAAGGCCUGUUGUGUUCCAACCAAAUUGGAUUCAAUCUCCAUUCUUUAUAAGGAUGAUGCUGGUGUGCCCACUUUGAUAUAUAACUAUGAAGGGAUGAAAGUGGCAGAAUGUGGCUGCAGGUAGUAUACAAGGCAGAAUUGCUAAAAAUAAGAAUACCCUCUUUUCCUGUUCUGUGUAAGUCUGUACACUAGUGAUGCAAAUGAAAAUCUUUGCAAACAAGGUUUGGAGCAGGGAAUAGAGCUGGUUGUUGUUGUUGUUGCUGCUUCUUGUUUUAAAGGAAAACCAGCAUUUAAAGAACAGCAAUCAUUGAAAAUAGCCUGCAUUAUAUAUCAUGGCAAAGUGAAUACUGGAUUAAAAUAUUUUAACAUCGAAUGAACUAUGCAUUAUUUGGCAACAGUGAUACAAUUUGAAAACCUUAUUUCAACUUUUAUGUCUAAUCGAUUCUGUUUAGGUCACAAACUAAAGGACUUUCAAUAGGAAUUCAGGAUGCCAUGUAAAUGUUUAUUAGGUAUUAUAACUAAUUUUCUCAGCCAAUUCUGACAUUUUGAACUUCUGUUAAACUCAGUAAAUGGAACCUAGUUUGCAUGGCAAAGUGAGGAAUCUAAAUCCUGCAAACCUUUUGUAUAUUAGAGGUUUUUACAGGCAAAUUUACUCUUGUAAGUGAAGAUUUGCAGUAAAAGUGGUUUCAUCCUGGCUGAAACUGGGACAAGUAUUCAAAAGAGAAGAGACUUUCCAUCUUAUUUCAUUCCCAGGUUUCCUUCUGUGGGUAGCAGGUGCCUUGGUUUCAGCUUUCUUAUCCUCAGCGUCCCUAUUUUUACCCCUUUAUGGCACAUACUUGAGUGAUAAGAAGUGCAGCCUUCCGCUUCUAAGACGCUGUUUCCUAGGAGGAACAGCAGUCCUUAUCAGCGCACAAAGAUAAGGAGCCACUUUGACCUACUGCAUAUUCUUAGUAUUUCUUUGCAAGAACAUGCAGUCAAACAAUGCUCAGCCUUGGAAGCUGUAUCCUACAAGCAGUGGGGGUUAGCAGAACUCAGCACUUGUGAAAAGCCCAUGCUACUUAUUUAGAAGCCUAAAUAUGUUCUUUGGAGUCUGAUAUUAGACUCCAAUUUUUUAAUUUCUUCUUAGGGAAAACUCUAUUUUGCAUACAAAAUUUUGUCAGCCUUUAGAAGUCUGGGAAAAACUGAAAUCUCUGUGUUCUAUGAGACUUACACUGUAUGUGAAAUACACUAACAUACAAUAGUUCUCCUGACUUCAGUUGUAUUUUUACUAAAUAAGGACCCCAUCUUUCCUGCAAUUAAAGUAAACUUCCUUUGAUUCUAAUGAAA